ACUGAGAGGCUGGGUGACACGUUCUUUGCCGCAGGGGAAGAAGUUGUUAGUUACUGUAGAAGUUGGCUUCUCUCCGUCCACGUGGCUUGGUUUGACCUCCACCCCUGGAGGAACCUUCGAUCUUUCCUCGGGCUUUCCUCACAUCAAACCGAAAGUACCCAGUUCCUGGCCUUUGGGUGAGAAUACUGUUUCCUUCUUCCAGUUUCUCAUAGAUGAGCUAACCAGAAGAUGUCCUCUGUGUUGUGAUCCAUACAUUUCAUUUCUUCAUGAUUUUGAAUUUGUAGAGUUAAGAAGAAUCUCCUGGUGUGAUAAUAUUGUGCUGCAAGGUGAGGUGGGUACCAAAAACCUGAUCAACGGGAAGAAUCAGUAUAUGCAUGCUGUUGGAGAGAGACCAGUGUGCCAAAUCAUUACCUUUGAAAUGAACUGAAAAAUAAAGGGAAGUGUUCAUUAAAGAAGAUCAGUAUGGUGGAAGAAGGGGAGAGGAAACCUGUGUUGGAAAUGGUCCAGGCAGCUGGAACAGAUGGAAACUGUGUCACAUUUGUGUUGUAUGAUGAGGACCAUACGUUAGGAAACUCUCUACGUUACAUGAUCAUGAAGAACCCAGAAGUGGAGUUCUGUGGGUACAGUAUUACCCAUCCUUCAGAAAGCAAAAUUAAUUUUCGCAUCCAGACUAAAGGGGGUCUUCCAGCGGUUGAACCAUUUCGGCAAGGCCUUAAUGAGCUCAUGGAUGUCUGUCAACAUGUGCUUAACAAAUUUGAAGCAAGUAUAAAGAACUAUAAAGAUCAAAAGCAAGUUGAAAUGGAAUAGUUCUACUGUUGAUCUUAUUAGAAUGGGUACCUGUGUGCUAAUUUUAUAGAAUUGAUCUGUUCCUUAAAAAGUUACCUCUGAGGUAAUUUUGUAUAUAUUGAAUAUUAUUUUUGUUACAGUUUACUGUGUAUAAAGAACUGGCACAAUACUUAAUAAAAUCACACAUAAGGCAGUAAACCUUGAACUCCAA